CGGCGGCGCGGCCGCGUCCCCGUGGCCGUGAAUGAGCGCGGGGGGCGGGAGCGGAGCGGGAGCGGGCGGGCCGCGCUCCCACCGCGCUCCCACCGCGCCGCGCCCCACAAAAGUGCGGGGCUGCCGCGGCCGGGCCCAGCGCUGCCGCUUCCCGGGCCGGAGGGGCGCGGAGCAGCCGCGGGGCCGAGCGGAGCCGCUGCCGGGGGCGCUGCGCCGCGCCGCGUUUUUUAUUUCCAAUUUCUGAUCGCAGCUGCAUUUCCCUCCCUCCGCCCCCCCGCGCCGAGGAGGAGCCCCGGCUUUAUGUGGUGCUGCCCGGGGAGCGCUCGGCGGCCGGGAAGUUCUUUGUGUCGCCGUCGCCUUCCUUUUUUUUUUUUUUUUUCUUUUUUUUUUUUUUUUUUUUUCGUGUGUGUGUUUAAAUGUAUAACUUCAUGGGGCUGAACAGCACGGCCGUAGCUAUUCAGCCCAAUGUGUCCUGCACAUGCAACUGCAAAAGGUCUUUGUUCCAGAGCAUGGAGAUCAGCACUGAAUGUUUAGGUCGCACCUUUCCAGGUAAACUGGCGGAGUUGGAGUUUGUACAGAUAAUCAUAAUCGUGGUGGUGAUGAUGGUGAUGGUGGUGGUGAUCACGUGUCUGCUGAACCACUACAAACUCUCUGCGCGAUCCUUCAUCAGCCGGCACAGCCAGGGCAGGCGGCGAGACGAGAACCUCUCCUCAGAGGGAAGCCUGUGGCCUUCGGAAAGCACCGUGUCGGGGACCGGCAUAACCGAGCAGCAGAUCUACACCCCGCGGCCCAGCGAGCGCCUGGCAGUGCCCUCCUUCCUGCAGAGGGACCGCUUCAACCGGUUCCAGCCCACGUACCCGUACCUGCAGCACGAGAUCGACCUGCCGCCCACCAUCUCGCUGUCGGACGGCGAGGAGCCCCCGCCCUACCAGGGACCCUGCACGCUGCAGCUGCGCGACCCCGAGCAGCAGAUGGAGCUCAACAGGGAGUCCGUGCGGGCCCCCCCAAACAGAACCAUCUUCGACAGUGACUUGAUAGAUAACUCCGUCUUCGGGGGGCCGUGCCCCCCCAGCAGUAACUCUGGCAUCAGUGCCACCUGCUACGGCAGCAGCGGCAGGAUGGAGGGGCCGCCGCCGACCUACAGCGAGGUGAUCGGCCACUACCCCGGCUCCACCUUCUACCAGCACCAGCAGAACAACAACGGGAUGCCCCCCAUCUUGGAGGGCAGCAGACUCCAUCCCUCACAGAUCAAUGGCCUUGAGAGCACAACGACGACGACGACGACGACGGCGUGGAACAAAGAGAAAGAGAAACAAAAAGGGCACCCCUUUUAAAAAAAAAUGAAAAAAAAAGGAAAAAUGAAAAAAAAAAGGCAAGAAAGUAAAUGAAACACUCUGCACUUCUCAUGAAAAGAAAAAGGAGAGAGAGAGAGAGAGUUGAGGAAGAUGAGCAAAGAAAAAAAAAAGAAGCCCUUCCCCAUCUCUCCAUGUAUAAAUAUUUACUUGUUAUGUCUGGUCUGAAUGCACAAGCCUACCAAGCUUGCAAAAACAUUUCUUUAUUGAGCUGUGUCUAGACGUUUAAAAAGGAAAAAAAAAUUCAACUGUAGUCUUUUUUUUUUGUUUGUUUCUAGUUGGGCUGUGUGUGAAUGCUUUUUUUUUUGUUUGAUUAUUUCACUUAUCUUUAAAAACAAAAUAUUUGCACAAAAACCAUUUUGUUUAAAGAUCUGCAAUAUAAAUAUAUAAAUAUAUAUUAAAAAUAAGAGAAAGUGUAUGUGUAAGGAGCAGGAGUAUUUUUGUAUUAGAAGAGGCCUAUUCAAAAAAAAAAAAGUUGUUUUCUGAACUAGAAGAAAAAUGGCAAUUUUUUGAGUGCCAACUCAAAAAGCAUGUAUUACAUUGUAAAAAAACAAAAAACAAAAAAAAAAUCAAAAGCAGGGGUUUAGAGUUAUUUAUAUAAAUGUUGAAAUUUUGCACUAUUUUUUAAUAUAAAUAUGUCAGUGCUUGUGUUGGUCAAAGCCUCUAUCAUGUCUACCAUGAACCUGUUAAGGGAUCUAUGUGGAAGUGAAGAACAAAGUAGCUGGAAGGGGAGGAGGAUCGCUGGAGUGGAGAUGCCAGCCCUGGGAGGAGCGGUGAGCGAGACUGCAGCUUAUGCAAAUCCUUAAUUUCCAGAGUCCCUGCGCGUGGCCGCCGACAGCCACGGCUUUUAUACAUUCCCUACAAAGCAAGAGGAGUUGGUGUGUGUCUGUCUGUCAUCCGGUAGGAUUAUUGGAGUAACAAGGUAAAAAGAAAACUCCCUGCUUCCCGCAGUCAGGAAUGACUGAAGCAGGCAAAAAUUACUUGAUUUUUUUUUCUUUUUUUUUUUUUUUCUUUUUUUUUGGACAACCUCUAACUUUUUGGAGGGGAGGGUGGUGGGGGUUGAGAAUAAACUUCUGUGUCUGAAGGAACAAAAGUGUUUUUUGGUUUAUUUCUUUCCAUGUUCAACUGAAGGGCCCUGUUGGAGCCAAAGUGGUGGUUGUGGAAGUCAAUGUGAGGAACUGGUAACGCACCCACUGGCUGCCCUUCAGCUGGGUUUAAAUGUCUCGUUGAAAGGACGAGCUGGAAAGUGUGGUGGUGGUGAACAUCAUUUUCAUUUUGUUUCAACCUCCCAAACCUCAAUUUGGGAUAAACGGGCGCGGCCGUGUCCCGCGGCGCCGCCGUCCCUGGUUGUCGCUAUUUUUGACGUUUGUUAUCCAGCUAAAGAGGCACCAGGUACAGUAGAUGGAAAUGAGUCUGCUCCUGUGUUGUAUUAAUUAAAGGCUACAAAAAUAAUGCUUAAGGCUUUAGAAGCAACCCCCCUUUACCUCUUCUGGGACGUCCUCCCCCAGGUCCCGCUGCCCUCCCGCCGCCGGGUGUUGCGCGUGGUUCAUUUCUCUUGGUUUCGGAAGCGCUUUGUCUUGCUCUGCUCUUGUUUACAUUUUUGUCACCUCGGUGUCUGGUAGGGGCCUCACCCUCGUGGUGAAUUCGCAGGUGACUGAGUGAGUGAGUGGGAAACCUGAGAGAGCGAGGGGGAGAAGGCGAAAGGGAGAAAUCCCGUCGUGGGUCCCGUCUCUGAGCGCUAGGAAGGGUCGGUAGGGAGCCACAGAGAGCGAGGAUUUCACAAGGGGGUGUGAUUUGAUUUCCUGCAGGAUGCUAUCUAGUAGAGUGACAUAAAUGAAAGAUAUAAAGGCAAUAACUAUUGUUUUUAAGCAACUUUUUUAUUACUUGAAAAAAGAAAAAAAAACAUAACCAUGAGAACGGUUUUGAAGUUCUGACCAUUUGAACAAUAUUUAUAUAUAUUUUAAAGAAGAUGAUGAAUAGCUGAACUUGAAGUUUGAUCAUUGUUUUUUUUUGCUUUUUGCUUAUUUUUUUUUAUUUCUGCCUAGAAAUAGUCCUGUACCUUCUCAAUACUUCAAACUGCUUUUCCACAGCUCUUGAAAUCUUCAUAGUUUUACAGUUAUGUAACCUAAAUUUUGAUGACCUAAAAAAAAGAAAAAGAAAAAAAAAAGAAAAAAAAAAGCCACAAAAACGAAA